GAUACGUAUUUUGAGGGAACUUCGGAAGAAGAGACGCGUAAGAGGUCAAAGUAGCAGGAGGAACAGCCGCCACGUCUUGGCGACCGGGGUGAAGAAGGAUGUGGUGUAACCAGCGUUGUGGCUUGCUGGCCGUGGCAAUCGUCGGGGCAGUGCUGGCUAUCCUUGGAGGAGUGAUGAUCCCGGUUGGAAAUCACAUGGUGGAGAAGACAAUCAAAAGGGAAUCUGUCAUUGAAAAGGGAACAAUUGCCUAUCAGAACUGGGUCGUUCCGGGAAGUGCCAUCUACCGACAGUUUUGGUUGUUUGAUGUCCAGAAUCCAGAGGAGGUGAUGAUGAAUGGUUCUAAUCCAAUCCUGAAGCAGAAAGGUCCUUACACCUACAGGAUGCGCUACAAGCCCAAAGAAAACAUCACCGAACAUGUUGACAACACCCUCUCAUACCUCCAGCCGAAUAUCAUCCGUUUUGAACCCGAAAUGUCAAUUGGCUCAGAAAAUGACAAUAUCACCACUGUCAACCUUGCUGUUGUGGCUGCACCGGCUUUGUUUAAAGCUGGACUCAUUCAAGCUUUGAUGGACAUCUGGAUGAAAGCAUCAAAAUCAAAUUUUCUCCAAACGAGAAGUGUGAAAGAAAUACUUUGGGGCUACGAAGAUCCGUUCUUGAAGAAAAUCCCCAUGGUGAAAGUUAAUACGGUUGUAGGAGUAUUCUACCCUUACAAUGAAACAUUGGAUGGCCCUUACCAAAUUCACAGUGGGAAAAAUGAUUUAGCGAAGAAAGGAAUUAUCAUCACUUAUAAUAAUAGCAGGACCAUUAGAUACUGGAAAAGUUAUUGUGGCAUGGUGAAUGGCACAGAUGGGGCUUCGUUCCACCCUUUUAUGAACCAGAGUGAAGAGCUGCGUUUCUUUUCGUCCGAUAUUUGCAGGUCAAUGUCCGCCAAAUUUGAAAGCGAGCAGAUGGUGAAAGGCAUCCAACUUUUUCGCUUCGUUAUCCCUCCGUCGGCUUUUGCGUCGCCCCUUACCAAUCCUGACAAUAUUUGCUUCUGCACCGAUAUCACUGUCAGCAAGAACUGUACAUUAGGUGGAGUAAUGGAUAUCAGCGCCUGCAAAGCAGGUAAACCAGUCUACAUCUCAUUGCCCCAUUUCCUGCAUGCGAGCAAGGAGUUUUUUCAAUAUGUUGACGGAUUGAAGCCAGAUGUGGAAGAACACAAAACCUUUCUGGAUAUAGAACCAACCACAGGAUUUACCUUGCAUUUUGCCAAAAGGCUGCAGAUUAAUAUAUUGGUGAAACCAAACAUAAAAAUCACAGCACUAAAAAAAGUUAAACAUCACUUUAUCUUUCCUAUUUUGUGGCUGAAUGAGUCAGCUAUUAUCAGUGAUGAGAAAGCAGACGUUUUCCGAUCCAAAGUGACCAACAAGAUCAAACUGUUGCACUUCCUUCAGCUGGCGCUCAUGAUCGUCGGAUCUGUGAUCUUCCUGGGAUUCCUAAUUGCAUUUUUCCUAUGCAAAGGAAAGAGCCCUAAAUAAGUAAG